AUGAUUGGAACAGGAGCAUUGUCCCAGCCUGCCGCAGCGCGGUUAGUGUUGCGCGGAUGCUCUCCUUUGGCCUCUACAGCCGGCGCUCGAGGUCACCUCGCUGGACGCCGGAUAAUUACCCCAACCGCCCUUCGACAUUUCAGCUCCCAAAAUACCAUUCAUUCCACCUCGAACCCGCUUCUCCCUUCGACUACUGGGCUCUCCCGCCUAUCGAGACAUGCUAAUGACCCUUUGUGGGUAAUUCUUGCUACCAAGAAAUCAUUCCAUUCCGCAUGUAUCCUUCAACAACAGCAGCAGCAGCAGAAACAGCAAAACCCUACAGAUUCUUCGGCUGAAGGCUCAGCAAAAGAUCAAAAUUCCAAGGAAGAACCGAAGAAAGAGGGCGAAGAGGAAUCCGCUGACUCCAAGAAAGAAGAUGGAAAGAAAAAGGAAGAUGCACCCCCACCCCCACCCCAUGGUGACAAAACUCCAUGGCAGGUCUUUACGGAGACUCUACGAUCCGAGUUUAAGGCCUCGAAAGAGUGGAACGAGUCUACCAAAGCACUUGCCUCUUCUGCCCACCAGUUUACCGAGAGCGAGUCUGUAAGGAAAGCCAGGUCUGCUUAUGAAACCGCAACCAGUACUGCGUCUUCAACAACAUCCUCGGCAUUGAAGAAGACUGGAACCGCGAUUGGGAAAGGUGCCGCCUGGACCUGGGACACCACUGCUGUUAAGGGAAUAAGAAGCGGUGUUGCUGCAACCGGAAGGGGGAUUGAACAGGCCACACGACCUGUCCGUGAGACAAAAGUUUAUAAAACUGCUGUGGGAAAUAUGAAGGAGGUCAUAGAUGACGGAAGCAGUUCUCGAUACGGUGGAUGGGUCGAGAAGGAAGAGAGACGGAAACGAAGAGAACAGCGGGAACUGAAGGAAGGCACUCAAAAGGUGGAGCACAUGGAAGAAGACCCAAAUGCCGGAACCAAUGUUACGCUUCAUAAAGAUGCAGCUUGGAAAGAAUCGUGGCGUGAAUUCAGGGAUACCAGCCCCAUGAUGCAGCGCCUGUUCACCUUGAAGAACACCUAUGAGGAAUCGGAGAACCCCCUUAUAAGCACUGCACGAAGCAUAUCGGACCGGGUAGCUGGCUUUUUCGCGGAGAAUGAGACUGCAAUGGUCAUCAAAGCCUUCCGACAAAUGGAUCCAAACUUCCAGAUUGAGCCAUUCCUACGUGAGAUGCGAGAAUAUAUCCUACCGGAAGUUCUCGAUGCCUAUGUUAAGGGAGAUGUUGAAACCCUUAAGCUAUGGCUAUCUGAUGCCCAGUUCCAUGUUUACGCUGCCCUUACAAAACAAUAUAAGACCGCUGGCCUCAAGUCUGACGGCCGAAUCCUUGAUAUCCGACAUGUCGAUAUUUCUCAUGCCCGUAUGCUGGAGCCCGGUGAUAUCCCGGUUUUUAUCAUUACAUGCAGAAGCCAGGAGGUCCAUGUCUAUCGAAAGGAGAAAACUGGUGAACUCGCCGCCGGUAUGGAAGACAAGGUGCAACUGGUCACCUACGCCAUCGGUGUUACACGAAUUCCAGAUGAGGUCAAUAACCCCGAGACUCGUGGCUGGAGAUUGAUCGAGUUGCAAAAGUCUGGCAGAGAUUACAUCUAA